GGUGUUGUGAACCUGAAUGGUGAGGACAUUAAGUCCAAGCGUGGCGUGCGGCAGGGCGAUCCAUUAUCUCCCUUGCUGUUUAUGAUGGUAAUGGAUGAAGUGGUGAAACAAUGCCGGCCAGAGCUCGGCUAUAACUUAGAAAGCACAAGAAUUGGGGCGCUGGCGUAUGCGGACGACUUAGUACUACUGGCUCCUUCUCGUUCCGAGUUGGAGGAGAAACUGGAAAGGUUAGCCCCAGCCCUAACAGCUGCGGGUAUGGAUUUGAAUGGCGCUAAAAGCGCCGCUAUGAUUGUAGAGAAGUCGGGAAAGCAUAAAACGCUGGCAAUUGUGCCUGGGUCACUCCAGGUUGGAACUGAGGAAAUUAAAUGUUUGGGACCCACAGACACAGUGAAAUACCUGGGUCUGCGGUUCAACUGGAAAGGAAGAUUGAGAAUGAAUGCUGGGAAUAUUUUCCAAGAAAUGCUAUCGAAUAUAUCCAGGGCUCCGCUGAAGCCCUACCAGAAGCUUGAAAUACUCAAAGAGUUUGCGACCCCGCGCCUGCAGUACGAACUGGUUCUCGGCAGUGCGCACAGGAACACCUUGAAAGCGUUGGACGUGGCGGCUCGCCACGCGCGUAUAGCAAGCUCUCCCGACCCGGUGGUACGAAGCCUUCUCAAGGCUAAGAAUGUGAUGUCAGAACAAAGGUUGGCGUACAUUCCUGUGCGUGCCAAAGAGACACUGGUGAGUUCGGCAGACGAGGUGUCACAGGCUUGGCGAGCUGAUUUGAAGUCAAGUGUGGAUGGGAGAGAGCUGGUCACAGAAUCUGUUGACCAUGCAAGUUUUGACUGGCUGGCGAACCCAAGGACUGUCCUGCCUCGACUUUUCAUACGGGGUGUUCAACUCCGUGCGGGUGUCCUGGGCUCCAAGGAGAUCUUUCCGACCAAUGACGGUGGACCGCGGAAACCGGAUGGACGCGAUUCCCUGAUGGCUGGGAAGACCCUCUGUGCAAGCCCAACGGCCCUGAGUCAAAGUCAUCGGCGCUUGACCUCGGAUUGGAUCUUACGCGUUGGAACCAUUAUUCACCCCGAAUGUUUUCUUGGAAUGUUGCAUGACUGGUCGAAUACGCGACCUCGUGAAUGA